UUCAGCUUUAUUUUUGUCCAAUCAAAACAAUUGUAAUAAAUAACAUUGGAAUUAUUUUGAUAUAUUAAUAAAUUUUUUAAUAUCAAUUUUAAGAUAUAUUUCAACGUUUGAACAUCAUAGAAAAUUUACAAGUCCCUUAAUGUUUUUAGAAUUUUAUAUCUGCACUUAGAACAACCAAGCUGAGUCAAAAUACAUAUACGUGUAUCAACCCACGCAUUCAUUUUUUGUUUGCUGUAUCAAGUGUCUUUUAAAAGUGUCGAGGGUUUAUAUUAAUGUAGAAAACAGAUAAGACUCUCGAGAUAUUGUUACGUGUAUUAAAGCCAUGCGGAAGUGUUAAAUCCGAUGCAUUUUGUGGAGCAUAUCCACUUCGCGAAAGGAUCUAUACAUGUAUGUUAAUCUUUUCGCAUAAACAUAUCUUUGAAUUCCUUGUUGUCUUUCUUGACUGAUUGUUUGAAUCGGGACCUCCAAAACCGCAUUCAUGAUGGUUGGAGUAUUCAUCCGAAUCGAGGAGUCAAAAAGUUUCGCCGAAGGACACGAUUUUUCAUCUCAGACGUCACUGCGUUAUCAGAAAUUUGACAGAAUUUACAUGUAGGACGCAGAACAUCGACUAAUACCAUGUCGGAAAAUCCAGUGAUGCUAAUUGUUUAAAAUUUUGUUUCUAAUUGUUCUGUGACACCCAGUUGACAUAAUUUUGUGCACAUGUUUUAGUAGAUGACUGGUACAUAUAAAAGUUAACAGAUCCACUAUGAGAAUACCAUCUACAAAACAAGCAUGUCCGACUCCGAGCCGGACGAGAACUUUGUGACACCAUACGGUUCACCGAGGGAACGUCAACAUGAACUGGAGAAUGUUAUUGCUUUGAAUACACCGGUUUGUAACGAAUCCCUCGACAUCUUUACCGAUGGGAUCCAAACAGAACAAAGUCAACGGAAUCGUGCAGGCUCGUAUUCAGCAGAUGAUGGACGAAGGAGAACCGAAAAUGCAAACUCCAAAGCCAAACAUCGAUUAGGCUCCAUCGACAUCUGCAAGGAUAACCUGUCGUCUGCUCCUCCCUGCGCCAGUAGAUCGGUGUCGUUAGAUGACGGAGUGAAAACACGGAUAUCACAAACCUACGAUGUGAACUGGGAGGGGGCAACCAGACAGCGGGGGGUCGUCCUGGUAUCAGAUGGACAAAAAGGUGAAGUCAUCCAACAGUUGGACGUCAUGGGGUUACACGAAGACGUGGCACACAAAGACUUCUUACGUCAUAACUAUGAUGAAACCCUACCACGUUCUCCCGUAGUCAUUCACUCGGCAACCAAUGUAAUUCAAGACUCGUUAGUUUAUCUCAAUCAACCGGAGAAAGAUGAACCAUCUUUAGGUUCGAGAGAAGGGAAGUAUUCCUCACUCCUAAGUGUAUUCCAGCAAGAGGAGAAAGUGUUCGUGGAAACAAGCGCCUUUCAACAAGCAGAGGAAAUUCUUGAAAACUACUUCCGGGUUAUGUUAACAGGUCAACCAGGUGAUGGAAAAUCAGCAAUAGCUAAGCAUUUGAUAGUGAAGAAAUGUAGACAAGGCUUUCGAUUUGUUCUCGUCAAUGGCUCAAAUGAUUUUGAGUCAGUUAAGUUUGAUGAAAAAAUAAUUUUGUUCUUUGAUGAUAUUUUUGGAGUAACUGUCUAUGACCGAUCUCGAGCUGAGGAUAUCCAAAGACUUCUGUGGCAACUAGAUAGCAUUCUUAUGAAUAAAUGUGGUGACGUUUUAUUGGUAAUGACGUCACGGGUACAUAUUCUUCAAGAGGCUAUGAAGGUUUUGAAGAAUGCUGACUUUGUUUAUAAAGUAACUCUUGAUCUUGGAAAUCGUUUAGCGGAUGAAGAAAAAAUUCAAAUUCUGCGCAAACAUUUCCAGUUCUUCCAUUUGCAGAGAGAGGAUCUAGAUGUAUCAAGUUUGGAAGCGUUUUUUGACCAAGCAAUUCUCUUGUCGCCCGACCACGGCUUUCCACAUUGUGCUCAGAUGUUUGCUCAAUCAUCAACAUUGAGGAAGAGAGGGUUAAACUUUUUUAGAUCCCCUAUUGAGUAUUUGAUGCAAAUUCUACAUGUAAUGAGGAAAGUCAAGCCAGUAGAAUUUGCCGUACUUGUGUAUAUUGCUUUGAGGGAUGGCAAGGUUAACAGAUGUGCAAGUAAGCUACCAGAUCAAGAUGAGAUAAGAAUGGGAUUCAUCAGGAAGAUGGUCGAUUUAGAUUCAAACAUGGGCCCUGCUCACAUCAUGUCUUGUAAAUCUAAGGAACUGAGUUUGUAUUUGUCAAACAGUGAAACCCAUAAGAUAUUUCGUCAUCCUAGUAUUCAAGAUGCCGUAACUUUCAUGAUGGGAGAAGAAUUUACUUCUGACGUCAUUGAAAUAUGUUCUUUUGAAUUCAUAUCUGCCAGAAUACGAACCACUCAAUAUAAAUGUGAGAGCAAUGAAAAGAUCAUAAUAAUUGAACGUCAACACUUUCCAGUCUUUGGUCAAAGACUUGUAGAAGAAAUCAAACAAGGCAACAUUCGAGAUGUCUGCUUUCAUCAAGCGAUGACUGACCCAGAGUUUGUUUCCGUCUUUUGCAAACCUUCCACAUUGAACAAAUGUUUCAAGGGUACAACAGAUGAAGUUGAAAAAAGUGUCCUAUCAUACGUCCAAUUUGACAGUAUACACAAAUUCUUUGGAUCUCUGUUGUACUGGUCAUCUGUGGCCAGCAACACAUUUCUUGUUCAAUCUCUUCUCCAGAUGGACGGAUUGCGGCUGUUGCUUAAAGAGGAGGGGGUAUGGACUCAAGGACAACUGAGAGAAUCUUUCAUUUUUACGUGUCUUCACGGAAAAGACACAACGUUAGCUAGGCAAACUGGAAGAUGGGUUGAUGACAAAGUUUCUCGAAGCACAACGUUAUUUUCUCAAGAUAUUCUCAACACUUUAAAAGAGCCUUUGUAUUCACAAAUCUUUAGUGAACCUUUUUUGAAACUGUCGCCGCUACAGGCGGCUACUCUGAGCAACGGGCCAGCUUCUUUGGACAUUGUGAGAUACCUUCUUCCAUUUCAAAAUCAGAAUGAUCUCAUCAAAUUAUCACUUUCAAUGGCUGCGAAAUUGAAAAGAUUAGACGUUGUGAAAGCCAUUUUGACCGAUUUGAAUUUAAACCUUGACACUGAAGACAUCAUUUGUGCUUUGAGAAACGGAACAUUUUUAUUGGUUGAAGAGUAUGUCCAUAAUGCAGGACUUUGUUCAGCUAUGACAUCCUUAGAUGUGGAAGAUAUUAAGCUUAUUUUUUCUCACAUUGAUUCACCAGCUCAUCUGAAUGUUUUUACAGCUUUAGAAGAAGAUGAACGUCAACGAAUCUAUCGAAUAGGGCUGCCAUUCGUAAAGAAUGUGGAAGUUGCUUCAGUCGUGAUGGAGACGUUGACUACCAACGACGUAUUUGCGUCAUCACUGGAUAUUUUUCAGAAUAUAACACACGACAAAGUUCUUGAAUAUCUUAUAGGUGAAGGAGCUGAUGUCAAUGCUACCGACAGUCAAGGCCAGACUGCAAUAUUCCUUGUCAACGACAGUACUGUUUUGACCAAAUUACUAGAAAAUGGUGCUUCUGUAAACUCUAGAGAAAGAAUAUCGACCAGAAAUCCUUUAAUGCAUCAUGGAAUCAACGGAACACUUUCUAGUUUACUCUUUGAAACUUUUCUUAAACAUGGAGCAGAUAUGAAUGAAACUUGUUCUAAUGGUCAAAAUUUACUCAUGCAAAUUCUCAGUUCUUGGAAUGUCAGGAAACACAAAGAAGUUAGGAAAGACGAAUUGCAGUUGCUAAACAGGAUAAUCAAACGCACUGAAAACCUCAACUUAUGUGAUAAAGACGGCAAUAAUGUCCUACAUAUAUGCUUGUUAGCAAAUGUGCCCGUGUCAGUCUUUGCAGUUAUCUUGAACCAAACAUGUGACAUUAACGCCAAAAAUCAUGCUGGUUAUGCACCUAUUCAUCUUGCCAUUAGCUAUGUUUACACUAAAUCCAAGAAAAAACAGUGGAAACCUAUAAUGUUAGAUCAUCUUCAAUAUCUUCUUUGCUCAGGCGCGGAAGCCAACGUACAGAAUAAAGAUGGUGACACUGUGUUGCAUUUGUUGUUGAGGAAUUUCGUAGAUAGGCUGAAUUAUUAUGAUGAAAGGUUGACGUCUUACGAGAAACUUACCGAGGAAAGCAAGUUUAGACUGAUGAAUAAUGCAAUAGAUCUCUUGCUGUCCUACGGUAUCAACUUGAAUAUUCGAAAUGAAGAGAACUGCACGGCGUUCAAUUUGCUUUCAAAGACACACUCGAGAAAAAGUUUAAGUAUUGUUGAGAAAUUUCUGCGCCACAAAGGGCAAUUCGGAAUGUCGGAGCUCUUAAAUAUUCUGUCCCUAUGUUCAAAACAUGAAAGUAGCGUACACUCGUGGAAUGUGAUGCAAGCAUUAGCCAACUUUGUUUCCUUGCGCUGGAGAGAGGUGUUUGAUAGCAGUAAUUGCGCUCGUUGUAAGGAGUAUUCUUGUUUCGUUAAUAUGAUGGAAACUCGAAAUGCUACUAAUCAGAUGGUGCUUGAUACAUUUAAGUCUGUUUCCGAUCUGAAUGUGAAAGUAAAGGAGGCCAUUAUGAGGACAGUUGAGGAUGUGUUGAGCGAAUCUUUGUCAGAAGGGAUUGAAAUAGUAUGUACUUCAUUUACCGGUAUCGGCGAAUCACUAGACGAAACAGAAUAUGUAUCGGCUCUUUUCUUUGGGAUUCUUGCGCAAGCCAUUAACUUCUUUAAUUAUCGCCAAAAAUCAAUUAUUAAAUUUCGAAGUGUCGCUUCUAUGGUACUUCAAGACAUCAAUGUUUUAAUUCUGAUGUUAGAUUUUCCUUCCCAUGUAGUAGAAAAUCGAAAACUGAAUCUGUUUUUAAACUACUUAGAAUCUGAAAUGGAUGAUGAAACAGUCAUGGCAUCCGUUAUGCCACUGCUUCUACCAAUUGGCUUUGAUAUGAACACAAAUAUCAAUGGCAGUACUGUUUUAAUCAGUGCUCUGAAAUCUCCCGUUUCACGUGUGAAGUUGUUGCAGUUUCUGUGUGAUAAAGGAGCUGAUGUUAACGUGUCCACUGUGACAGACAGGAAGCAAACCCCUCUGUUCACGGUUUUGAUGAACGAUAACAAACAGGUACGAAAAACGCUGACUUAUGACAACCUAUACAAACAAUUCACCUUCGUAACCUCGGAUAAAGAGCCCUGUGGAUCCACACAGUUACGUCUGCUUCUCCAAAAUGGAUUGAACAUUCGAAAGGCACAUUUGGUAUUCGAAUGUGUGAAUAUAGAAGAUUGUUGUUUAAAGACGCUUGAACUUUUGAUGAUCCAUGGUCUGGCUGCGGAUCAAGCAGACACUAAUGGUCAGACAUUGCUACACAGGUUGUGUUCACCUCCCAGUCUUUUCGAGAUGGUAAAAAAGCCUUUCAACAGAUUGGAUAUCUUACGUUUACUUUUGUCAUAUGAAUGUGACGUAAACACGCAGGACAAAGCCGGAAAUACACCUGCGCAUCUGCUAUCAAUGAGAAGACACCAGAACGGCCUGGAAGAACUCAUCACAAUGGGAGCAGAUGUAAAUUUGCAAAACAGGAAUGGAGAAACAUGUUUGCAUCUUUCUGCUGAUAAUGCUGAGAGUGUUCAGUGUUUGAUUCAGUACGGUUGUGAUGUGAACAUAAUGACCAACGAAUAUUGUAACGCUUUGCACUCCUUCUUCAAACUGUCAUCAGAGGAUAAAAAGCCAAAAAGUGGUCUGUCAUUUGCAAUAGAAAAAAGGUUUCAAGAUAUCCAGGGUCUUAGAGUAUUAACGCUACUACUGAAUGCUGGGAUUGACGUGAAUGCGCGCGAAAUCCACGGCAUGACCGCUUGUCAUUUGACAGUUAAUUUCUUUGAUGCUAAAUGGAUCAACGAAAUAUUUAGGCUUUUAAUACGCAAUGGAGCAGACGUAACUGCAUGUGACAAAGAAGGAAAAACAGCGAUUCAUUAUGUUCUUCGUCGUAUGCAGGUAUCAAAUCCGGAAGUUGUGAAAUUGUUGAUGCCCGCAUUGAAAACUCUUAUACGCUAUGACUCGGUAAAUACGCUAACAAAAUCUCAGGAAUUAUCUGACUUGUUUACGAAUGAUCUGUCUUUGUGAAUAAUGUUGUGCAAUUUCAGAUAAACUGAGUUUUGCAAUUUUUAAA